AUGGCGGACGCUCCCAACGAUGCGGCUGUUGCUGCCCCUUUCCAGGCCGUUCAAGUCGAGGCUCUGGUUAUCAUGAAGAUUGCCAAGCACUGCUCUUCGGCUUUCCCUUCUGUUGCGACUGGAGCUAUUGUUGGUAUGGAGAACGAGGGUCUCCUCGAGGUCACCAACACAUUCCCUUUCCCUACCGUCGACCCCGCUACGACGGACAGCCACCAGAACGAUGCUUCGCAGAUCGCCGCUGCUGCUCCCCGACAGAAGAACAACAUUCACUACCAAAAUGAGAUGAUCCGACACCUCAAGGAGGUCAACGUCGACGCCAACAACGUUGGUUGGUACACAAGUGCCACCAUGGGCAACUUUGUCAACUUGAACUUCAUCGAGAACCAGUUCCACUACCAAAGCGCCAACGAGAACACUGUCGCCCUCGUCCACGAUGCUAGCAAGAGCUCUCAGGGCAACCUGACCUUCCGGGCUUUCCGCCUGUCCCCUGCUUUCAUGAGCGCCUACAAGGAGGGCAAGUUCACAACCGAGAGCUUACAAAAGUCUAAGCUCACCUUCAAGGAUAUCCUCACAGAGGUCCCUGUCAACGUCCACAACUCUCACCUCCUCACAACCUUCCUCCACCAGAUUCCUUCCGCUCCCGUGAAGGGCGAUAUUGAGCAGCCCUCAUCGCUGGAUGACCUCAACCGCAGCGCUCUCGAGCCUCCUCUGUACCCCUCUAUCGACAAUCUCGACCUUGCGAUCGACCCCUUCCUCGAGAAGACCUGCGAUCUUCUGCUCGAGAGCAUCGAGUCUCACUACACCGACCUCAACAACUUCCAAUUCUACCAGCGACAACUCGGUCGUGAGCAGACCAAGAUCACACAAUGGCAGACCAAGCGCAAGGCCGAGAACGCCCAACGUGCUGCUGCCAAGCAGGCUCCUCUUCCUGAGGAUGAGUGGCAGCGACUGUUCAAGCUUCCCCAGGAGCCCAGCAGACUGGAGGGUAUGCUGAACGCGAAGCAGGUGGAGCAAUACAGCAAGCAGGUGGAUGGAUUCACAGCCAACGUCAGUGCCAAGAUGUUUGCCGUGCGGGAGAACUUGAUGCCAAAAUAG